UUCUUUUACUUUUGCUAUUGACCUAUAAGGAAAUGCGCGCAGCUGUUUCAGGAAAGAUAAGAUAAAAUGAGCUUUCAGGAAAGUGACCAAGAAAAGAGCUUUGAUCCGUUGGACAGGACGCUCCUGUUGGCGGACGGAAAGGAUGACUUGGAUCCUUAUUCAUCGGACGAUGGAGUCUUAAAAGCACGUCUCUCCUGUGGGCACCUUGUUUCUCCUGAGUCUCUCACUGCUGCCUGUCGCGCCCAACUAGAUGAAGGUAAAUACAAAUUCAAAUGCCCUGCCCUUGUUGGAGGAAGGCUCUGUAACAGUCCCUUGUCGUAUCGAGAAGUGCGCAAACUGGGAGAUUUGACUAUACAGGAGAUGCAGUAUUUUGAGGAGAACAUCGCACGCUUGGCUGCAGCGGACUACAGUGAUAUUCAGAGGUGCCCUAAAUGUAAAACGAACAUUGAGAGGAAGGACAUGACUAACCUGUGUGUGGAGUGCAGUGUGUGUUCGACUGGCCAGAGCAAGCCAUACCACCUAUGUUGGCAGUGCCUGAAGACAUGGAGAGGCCCCGCCCCUCGCUCCGAUCACUGUCAAAACCCAGGCUGCAAGAACUUUGAGCUGGAGCUGCUCCGGACCUGCAUACUCACUAACCUGCCCCAGGUGCGUGGGGCCGAUGCAGUCCCCUCUAUCCGGGCCUGCCCCACCUGUGGACAGAGAGUAGAGCAUGACAAAACAGGCUGCAAGAACGUCAUCUGCCCUCGCUGCCAGAAGGAGUUUUGCUUUGUGUGUCUGAAGCUCACUCCUGAGUGUUUGAAGACCAGCUCCUACUUUAUACCCUGCAGCGCUGGAGUGGCCCCCAGACAAACCUCCAUCCCAGUGUGGCGUAGGAUCUGAGUGGCCUCUCUGUGCCAUUAACAAAUACUAUUAUAAACAUUCAACUUAAAUAGGCUUUAUAACGGCAACAUUUAACUUCAGGGUGGUCUAUUUGUUCUACUCUUGCACUGCCACUGUUGUUCAUUGUAUCAUGGUAUUUUGUGCCAUUAUACAUAAAAAUGUGUAAAAUAUGCAAGCAUAUUGAAAUGUCUUGUGAAAUGUCUAAAUAAAUAAACUGAACAGAAUCUGCAGACACA